UUAACUUUAUGAGUUGAAACAUAAGUUAGCCAGGUUUUAGUAAUCAAUCAAUUAGUCUGAAUGAAUGUCUAUAUAGAGGGAUACACAUUGUAGGCACACUAAAAGAAUGGACAAUCGCAAAUCAAUGGCAGCGUUUAUAGCUCACAUCGAACACCAUUUAAUAAGCGAGUCAGAGAUGCAUGAGAGGGAACAAAAGCAAUUGCAACGACUCCAAGAUGUUUCCGUAUCAUGCAAUUUCAUGAAGAUGGCUCUAGAAGAGUUUGCCCAUUUGGAAGAGAAGCGGGCCAAACGUGCACAUUGGGAGCAUCAUUUACGUUGUGAUGGUUUGCCGCGUCCCUAUUUACCACCUGAGAUACGUACAUUUUUGUUUAGAGAACAACAUUUCCAAAACAUUUUCGAUGACGACACUGUAGACUGGACAUUGUCCGUGGACGAGCGUAGUAUCCUGACACAAAACCCCCUGCGCACGGACAACACACGCCGUGCAUUGGCCGAAAGGAAACGCGAUCCUAUUGGCGAACGGAUCGAGGCAAAAGUGAGAUUAUAUUUGAAUACUUUGCUGCAAAUCGAAACGAUGCUUGGCAAUCAAGCUGAAAUGGCACGUAUAAACUUAAAUCAUCAAAUGGAAAUAAUGCAGACUCGUUCGGAUAUCGAGCAGGAGAUAGAAAAUUCUUUUGAUUAUUUAACAUAUCGCGUAAUACGCAUGGAUGGCCUUUAUAUGGACUCUACAGAUGCCAAAAUUGCAACCUGGACCCAUUUCUGUGAUCUCUUCCAAAUAGACAUUUGGAGUCUGCGUGAUGUGCCCAUACGCUUCGAUCGAAUGGAGGUACCAGCUAUGAUGGCGGACUUUAUUGCUUCAAAGGUUCGUGUUCAGAUGCCAUUGAGUGUACUCAACGAUAGAUUGACUGUGCGUUGUAUUCACACCAAAUUUGAUAUGCUUACACAAAAUGCCAAAAGCUAUGAACGGGUGACCUUACAGUCUGUUAGCCAUUUAAAUGCAGGAAUACUUAAUAUCGAGGACUGUUUGAUUAACGAAUGGUAUAUGCAGCUAGAUAUACAGCAAGAGUUGGUGGAUAGAAUGAGAAGUAAAUGGGAUCAGUAUGAAGAGGCUAUGGAGAUGAUAUCCAAUAAAAUGGAAAAGGCAGCUAAGGAACAGCGAAGAUCGCGAGAUAAGCCAGUCAAGCAUAUUAAUAUACCAAAGCCACCUAAGCAACCACCUCAGUUAUUGGAAGGAAUGUUGCCAGAUCCACAUAAAAUGUUUCUCGAAAGAGAGGAGAGUCAAUACGUGGACUUUCUUGAUGAAUUGUAUCAUCCGAAAAGAAUGAAUUUAACUAGCGAUGAGAUAAAUCUUAGGCAAAAUAUCAUGUUGGGUGGCAUCUAUUCGAUUAUGUUUGUGCGUCGACCCCAGCAUAGACACUUUGAGAGAUUCAACAUCACUCUGCACGAGGAUGGACGCAUUUUGUAUACCAUGACCAAUGUGGUAGCCGAUUUAGAGGAACAUGAAAAAAGUCUAAACUCUACGAGAGAUAGUAAAAGAUCUGGCGAACGUCGUCUAUCGAAUACUCAAUUGCGUCUUAAUGGUGUCGAGGAAUAUAGCUCCUACCACCUGGAUGAGAAAGAGUUACCGUAUUUCUAUGUCACUUUUAAGAUUUCACCAGAUCUCUGCUAUUGGAGCGAACCAAAGGUGUGCCAAUUUAUGUCUUACAGUCAAGUGACACACUUGGUGGACACAAAAAAAUCUAUUAUUCCCGAUAUGGAUGAACAGCCUAGAAGAAAGCAUAAAUCAGGGCACGAAAGCACAAGAUAUUCUGGUUCUAAAGAUUUUCAUCACCAUGCUUUCUCGAUGAUUCAACGAAGGGAGAGUGAACCAGUUAAUGUCUUUCGGCCCACUCUCAUGUCUAUACUAAGGCACACGAAAUUGAUGGAACCAACGGAGUGUGUCGUUCCAUUUGAAAACUUUGUACUCAGCGAUCAAUUGAAUAGUUUGCAAUUGCAAAAAUUAGAAAAAUUUAUAUUGCCGCGUAUACUUUCGUCCUUUAAAUUUCCCGUAGACUUUAAGGAUGAAUAUGAAGAACUGAUGGAAAAAACAAAGCCCCAGAAGGGACUACUUAAUCUGCAAGAUGUUGCGAUUGAGGAGAUCAUUCAAAAUACGGAUAUGGAUUUCGAGUUUGAGUCCCAACAUAGUCCUGAACGCAUGUUUCCUAUAUUCUCCGGCAUCGGUCCUGUAAUCUUUCCCGAUAAUGUUACUAGCACCGAUUUGAGUGCUAAAAAUACAUCAUACGGUAUAUUAAAUACCAUUGAUAAGAUCAAAUUAAAGUAUAUGUUCAACUAUCGUAACAUCAGUAACCAAACUGAUUUCGAAAUAAAGAAAUCCAUAUUGAGGCGAAAAUUCGAAGAGAAGUCAAAUGAUAAAUCACCCAUAAGAGACAAGAUGGUUAAGAAAAAGGAAAUGAAACUCAAGGGGAUUAAAAAAGCCAUAUCGAUCUCAGAACGUGUGGGUUAUGGAUCUACCAAUACGGCAAAAUCAAACAGGGCAUCAAUGUAUGGAGCUCGUUCACAAAAUUCCAUUGCAGACUUGGACCGUCCGAGUGUGUACAGUGUGUCAAGUUCACGAAUGGGGUUGGAUGAAUCGCAAUCCGAGGAGAAGAAAAAUGUAACCCAAGUCCUUCACUGGACCACAAAGUAUAUUCUUGAAAGUCACUUUAAUCGCGAGGAGGCUACAAUAACCCUAAAGACAGAUCGCUUGGGAAUUUUUGGACUGGCAUUUAAACGUUAUGAGCAUUUUCCCUUUAAAGACUGGUAUAUGCAGCCCAGUGAAGAGAAUCCCGAGGAGAUUAUGCUGCGAGUAGAUACUUUCCAUGUUCGUGUUAUACUUUAUAUCUCAGGUCUUGGCAUCCGUGGCUAUGUGACUGAUCAAUCAAAGGCUUAUGUCACAAAGCCCAAAAAGUAUUUAGAAAUAAUUGAACCCAUAAGUGAUUUUCAAGAACUACGUCAGCGUUUUUGGGAGAAAAAUAUCAAUAUUUUUGCUGAACAUGAUGCUAGCUUCUAUAUAGACAAUGGCUAUUUUACUAUUAAACAUGUGGCCAUUGAGGAUCAUACCUAUGAUGCGAUGGCAUUGCACUGUAAACUAAUUAAAUUUUUUCGUUCUAAUUGGAAUCGUUUGGCCUCACGUCGAAAUAUAUUGUUAUGCAUGAAGAAUGCCAAAGAUAAUACAGAGUAUUCCGAGGUUACUGUUCGCAUAACACCGGACAAUGCAACAUUUGUAGAAGUUUCCGAACUGUGCUCAUCUGACUUGAAUGUAUUUAAAUUGGAUUAUAAGCCGACGUGGCGAAACAUUGGUACAUUCACAGAUCUGCAUCAGAUUAUCAAUUCUAUGAAUCCUCAUGCAACUGAAGUGCGCAACAGAGAUUCCAUGUUACUCCAUUUGGUUAAGAAAAUGUUGAGUGAACUUCAUUUAUUGAGUUUUUCAUAGCAAUCUUCUAUAGCAUUCUAUAACCUUCUAUAUACCUCUGUAUACUUAUAAGUAUUUUCCAAUAAUAAAGAAAAUGCAACAAUUAUAAUAUCCUA